AUGGGUAACUAUUUUAAAACCAAACCUAAAGAUAAACUUAAUAAAGAAAUGAUCGAAUUUUUAAAAUCUCGUAAACUUCAACACAUUAACGAUGAAUAUACGUAUUUUUAACUAGGCUAUUGA